UGCAAAAUUAGCGACGAAGGUAGUGUUACGCCGACAAGUGUUGUUAAGCUUUUCAAAAAGGUGAGAGCUUAUUCUCAAAGAGCUUUCAAUUUUAUUUUGUUCACAGCACUCGAUUGUAAUACAAAUGAAUUUGCAUGUAGUUGUGUUUUCUAUAGUGAAUGAAAUAUUUAUUGUUCCAAGAGCAAUGAAGUUAGGAAAAACCGGAUCGCGAAAACUUAGUUACAGCACCGAAACAUAACUGUUUUGAAACAGUUCUUUUGACUAACUUGGCAAUAGCGAGGUGCACUUGGGGAUGAAUUAUGUCUGUGGCUAAUGAUUUUUCUUUAAGUCAAAUGUGUUUCGAUUUUUCUUUGCGAACUCGAGAUUACAUCGGUUACGUAAUUCAUCGCAGCUAUUUUGUAAGUUUCAACGUAAAACAUAGUGUUCCCUUUAGUCAAAUCACAGAAAUGUAAUACAAUGCUGUUUUUUAGAUGCAGCGCCUCAUCGCCCUUCUUGCUGUUGUCCUUCUGGCAUUUACCGAAGCAAAACCGAUGAACGGCGAACCAGCGUUUUGCAACGGAAUUGAAUGCCCCCACUUUAAAACUGUUAACAAAACAGCUAAUUAUGAACUCCGGUGUUACAAAGAAGACUACAAGUGGGCCUCUACAAUUGUAGCUGGUAUGAUAUUUUAUAUCUUUCCUAUUUCCUCUCUAGAAAUUUAUGGGUAAAAUUUCCGCACAGCCCCAUACUACAUUAUGCAUUCAGUUCUUGAAUAGAGCAAACAAUGACAAAAACAAUACAUUGCCAUUGGGAAAACAGAUUUGUUUUACAAUAGUAUGGGGCUGUACGGAAACUUUACCAAUUUAUGUUUCAAUUAUACUAUUAUGCAACGUUCCUUCUUAGGGGUUGUGUGACGCAAUUUUGUAAGAGGGUGUCACAUCACUGUCUAUUCGUACCAAUCUCACUACGGAUCUUUUCUAUCGUAUAUAUGUUUUUUCUCUCACCUUUGAUUUCUGAAAUGACCUUCUAAUUUCCUUUGAUAGUCAAUGAAAUUUUUCAUUUCAUUUUUCUCGGCAGGUUACGAGUACGACAAGGCUGUUAAUAUGGGUUUCGAGCGACUGUUUGCUUACAUAGAGGGCGGAAACGUACCAAAGAAGAAAAUCCCCAUGACUGCCCCAGUUGCUGUAGAAGUCCAACCAGGACAGGGUCCUUUCUGCAAAAACAACUUCACAAUCAACUUCUUUGUACCUUUUGAGGAUCAAGAAAACCCUGCCGCACCUACAGACAAGGAUGUCUACAUCUCAACCUUAAAAGGGUUCUGUGCAUACGUUAUAGUGUAUGGAGGCUUCUCCAACAUUAACAAAGUUCAGGAGUACUCUGAAAAAUUGAGUGAAGACCUUGUGAAGGAUGGACUUGGUGAUUCAUUUAGGAAAGACAUAUUUUUCACUGCUGGCUAUGAUAGCCCUUUUAAACUUUUUAACCGCCACAACGAGAUCUGGUUCAUUAAAAAAGACUCCCUUUUUAAACCCAUUCCCUUCUAA